AUGAACAACUUCAACAACGCACCAAACUACAACCCAAACAGCCUACCCACCCUCAACAACGGUAUGGACCAGACCUUCUACACCAACAUGGACCACACCAUGCAUAACACACCCAAUCUAGGAAUGAAUUACCUGACCGCAACCCCUCCCACAAACACCAACCACACGGCCAUCAACCACCCCCUCUACACUUCCUUCAACUACUGCAUGGUCUUCUCCAACCUCCCCGACCAGCCCUGGCCAUCCUACAACCUCCUCCAACAAUGCCUCGACAAGGUUCGCGCCCGCGACGCAAAAGUCUACUCCUCCAUCGACGCGAUCCAGCGCUACGACGGCGCCAAAACGGGGGAUUUGAUUCUCGCGUUUACGGCUGCGGCCGCGACGGAUGGGGUUAUCUGGACGAGUGCCGAGGGGGUGAUUCUCCAUCAGAUGAGGUAUUGGGAUAGGGAUCGGAGGAUGGAAGGGUGGGCGCUUGUGGGGGAGUUUGGGCUUGCGCGGUGA